AUGGCAGGAGAACAGCCAGUUAAUACAGGGAUUGUUCAGGUACAAGAUAACAACAAUACCUCGUUUCAGGUUCCUCGAUUGACAUCAAAGAAUUACAAUACUUGGACUAUUUUAAUGGAGUCAGUAUUAGAUGCUCAAGGAUUAUGGGAGGUGAUUGAUCCGGUGACAGGUGGUGCUGUGGACGAGAAGAAAAACAAAGUUGCUAGGGCAGUUCUCCUUCAAGCACUACCGGAUGAUAUACUUCUUCAAGUUGCUAAGAAUCGGCAAACGAAGGACAUAUGGGAGGCUUUACGAGUAAGAUUUCUUGGUGCUGACAGGGUUCAAAAGGCUCGACUAGCUACUUUAAAGAGAGAACUCGAGCAACUUCGCAUGAAGGAGACAGACACGAUUGAAGAAUUCGCUGGUAAGUUAAGUGGGUUUGUCUCAAAGUUUAGUAAUCUUGGGUCGAGUCUUGAAGAUGAAGUAAUCGUUCGAAAGUUGUUGGAUUCGGUACCAAAUAAGUAUCUUCAGAUUGUUGCCUCCAUUGAGCAGUAUUCGGAUAUCGAGACCAUGCCAUUCGAAGAAGCGAUAGGCAGGUUGAAAGCCUAUGAGGAACGCAUUAGAAUACAAAACGAGAGAGCAAAUGAUAAUGAAAGCAAUUUAUUAUUAACUAAAUCUGAUGGAGAAGAGGGUUCAAAGAAAGAGGAGGUCAAGAAAGAUGAGGUCGUUUGUAAAUGUUGUGGAAGGGGCUCGUUAAAUCAAAGUAACCGUGGAAGAGGUCGCGGUAAUGGAAGAGGUCGAGGUGGCCGGUCUGGAGGAAACUGGGACAAAAGUAAAAUAAGAUGUUUCAAUUGCAAUGAGUAUGGACAUUAUGCAAGUGAGUGUCCUAAGAAGGAGUCAAAGGAAGAAGUAGCAAACUUGGCUGAAGAAUACGACCCGUCACUAUUUUGA